UGAGUCCUGAAGACAUUCUGCUCAGUGCUCAAACCACAGGUAAAAUAACUCUGGGACUUGCUCGCUUUCUGCACAUCUUUCUGCACAUCUGAAAAGAAGAUCUUGUGUUUCAUCAGAUUUAUUAACUGUAUCUGAAAUUUAACAGACAUGAAGUUUGUGAUUCUGUUGGCCGUUAUGAGUGGGGUUUUUGCUGCUCCUUUCCUGAAGGAAGAUUCAGCAAAGCAGUUCAUCAGGCUGAAAAGGCAGGCAGAUCCCUGGGAUCCGCACCACUCUCAGAACCAGUGGGGCUACACAUAUCAGGAACUGGUAAAUGAGCAGUGGACAGCCCUUCGAACAAAUGCUCAGUACUACAUGGACAUGGGUAACCUGAUGUUUGAUCGCUCAGUGGCUGAUGAUAACACCAGGCUUUAUAUGGAGAUGCUGCGCAAUACACAAGCUCACCUGGACAGCCAGACACGUAGACAAAGAUAGAAAACAAAGAGGAAGGAGACA